AUGGGGGAGAGGGGAGACUGGUUGCCAUUCGACCAGAAGCGGUUCUAUACCAACGCGUUUAUCAUCCAGGACGAUAAGGUGAUUCUCCUCGGUUUAAAGAAACGUGGAUUUGGUAUCAACAAGUACAAUGGGUUUGGUGGCAAGGUGGAACCAGGAGAGACGCUCACUGAAGCUGCGAUGCGCGAACUUAAAGAAGAAGCCGGCAUUGAUGCGCCCCUCGAGCACGCAGGGUCAUUGUUGUUCAUGGCGAAAGGCGCUGAAUGGGCUUUCCAGAUCGAAAUAUUUUCUGCUCGCACAUACUCGGGAACACCUACAGAGUCAGACGAAAUGCGACCGGAGUGGUUCUCAAUCGCGUCAUCUGUCGCAUCUGAUGCAGACGCGAUAGUGCCACCGAUCCCAUAUGAAACGAUGUGGGAUGGUGAUGACAACUGGCUGCCUCUCGUAGUGCAAGGGCGAAAAUUUGUUGGCCGGGUUGAUUCUGUAAUGCAAGACGAUGGUGAAUUCGUGAUGACGAGGCACUGGUUUGGCACUGUUAUUUCAGAUAACUAA